AUGGGUGUUGCGGAGCAGGUCAUCAAGGGAUUGGCAUCAACCUCUGCAGCAUUUCUCAUUUCAAGUUCCCCAGUACAAUCCACCCACAGUCUCCCCACAUUCAUCCUGAUACCUAUUACACUAACACGCAAACAAAACCAUGACCUGCUAAAGACAGAACCAGAAUCAGCCAAGGAGAAAUUUUCACUGGUUGGCAUGCAGUCUGCCAUAGUUCUGCAAUCCAUGUUCUGUGAUCGGCUCUCUAGUCAGCUUACAGCACAAGAGGAGAAAAAAAAGAACAGUAAAAAAGGUGGUCAACUGGUUGGGGAUGGGCUUCCAAAAUUGCUUACUGGUGAUGAAUUUCACCACUGUGUGGUUGAACAUCAAAGAGCUGCUGAGGAAGAGGAAGCAGGAUGGAGGACAGAAUUAUUAAAAUUGUGGAAAGAAGUGGAAGCUGCAUGGCUGGUGAGAAAUGAAGCAUGCAGAACAGCAUACAGAGAUCAAGUGAAGAUGUGGGAGGCAGAAAGAGAUCGAGCAAAGUUGGAAAGUCAGAGACCAGCAUGGAACAAGCCAAAACUUGGGAAACUGGAAGCACUGCUGCCAAGGCUAACACUGAAUGAUCCAAAGGCAUCUGAGGAGGGUCAACAAGACAGCAGUCAUGGUGGUGAGGAAGACGCUGAUGAGAAUGAUGGCGAUGAGUCUGAUGGUGGGAGUGAAUAG